AUGGCGGCCACCUUGGCAAGCCCAGGCCCCAUCCCUGGGGCCUUAGUUGGGGGAGGAGGGUCCUUGACAGUGCCCCGCGGCCCUGUGGCUGUGCAAGUACGACGUUUGCUGGCCUCACCCAGAGUCGCGGUCUCCGGCCCCACACUGCCGGUUCAUCAAGGCUCUGUGACUGAGGUCCGGCCAGCUGGUGUGACGAGGAAGGCGGCAACGGUGGCCUCCACGGCUGGCACGCUGCUAGCCAGAGGGCUCUGCCGCCAAAGCACGGGGGAGAACUUGGCCAAUCACUUUGGUCAUGGGCAGAGGCGUACAACCGAAGCACCCAAAGUGGUGGAGAAAAGCCCUCGAAGCCCCGGACGGCGCGAGUUUUCCCCGACAACGUUGACUCCGCAGGUGGUGGAUGGGUUGAAGCUGUUGCAGCCUGCCUCGCCUCGAGGGGCAGUGCAGGCUUGGGGACAGGUAGAAACUCCGGGCAUCACAAGGAUGCCUGCUCGUUUGCACCACGGGCCAAACCCCAUGGAGCUGCCAUCGGAGAUUACAUCCCACCGGAGGAUGAGCCACGGUGAUAGCAUUUCCCCACGGGAGGCACAGCUUCCUUCCAGCUGCAGGGAUGCUUCGAGCACAUCUCCGCGUCUGCAGAGCUUGCGAGCGCAAUCUAAUGAUGCUGCGCACCGGCGCAGUGGUGGCGUGUGGUCUUGCCUAGAUGGGAGCCUCAGCGAGGGAGAGGACCCGCGGCGCCCGCGUCAGAAGAGGUUCGUGCCUCACCAGCGCAGUGCCGGCGCAGCCCGUGGGAUGCAGCUCCAGACCAACAGCCCGGAGAUCCUCGAGGAGAAUCCGUCCGGUGAGGAAGGCUCCGAUGGUUUUCCAAGAGACCGGCGGCCAAAGCAGAAGCGGCACAUCUCUCGAAAAGUUGGAGAUGGCGGCGGUGGCCUUGCCGAGGGUCUCAGCAACCUGUCCGCGGAGGACUGUGCCAAGGUUGCCCUGGGAUUGAAGCGACGCGGCCGGCGUAGCGAGGGAGCCAAGGAGUACUGCUCGCGCAGCCCGGGUCCAUGGGACCCGUUGCCAAAGGGCAGCGUCAGAAAAGACGGAUGGGGCAGGUUUACAGCACGCUCGCCGCCAGCUUUUCCGAGCCCUCGCGUGCUGCCCUAUGGCACCGACAAGGACGUCCCGGCCAACAAGGUGCGGCGCUUUGACUCGGCGCCGGCGUCCCCACUCCCUUACGGCUCGGAUGCAGAUGCUCGCGCGCCGAGCUCUCCGCCCCCUCCCGGUGCGCUGCCCUUGGGUCUCUACAUCCCCGAGAUCCCCGAGGUGAAGCCAGGCCCAGAAGGGGCUGAUGGCGGCAGCAUCAAAGGCAAUGCUGUUGAGGACACUGCGGAUCAGCUGGCCACCAGGGCGCCCAGGAGGUCGCUGCACUCUGCAAGAAGUUGGCAAGCGAGAUCAGGGGGCCCCGCGGUGCCGCGCACUGCCUCAGCGGAUGCACGCCUGAAUCGUGGAGCACCGCUGCUGUCUUCAGAGUUUGUGGAAAGGCAGCGCCAGUCCAGCACCCUUCGUGGUGGAGCUCGGCGCCUGUCUUCAGGUGGCAACCUGGCGCCACAGCUCAACCGCAAGUUCUCUGACCAGCCCAGGACCGCCUUCCAGGCCCGGCAGUUGCUGAGCCAAGGUUUCAAGCGUGACGCAGCCAAACCAGAUGCGCAGCUGGAUGAGGCCUACAACAAGUGCCUCCAGUCCAUCAGCGAGGAAAUCGAACAGUUGCAAUCAAGGUGUUUUCGGAUCGAGUGCGAAGUAAAGAGAACUCGUUUGGAGAAUGGACUGCUCAAAGUCAAGGGCCGACCGCAGGGGCAGGAGCCGGGCGCAGCGGGCGCAGACGCCGUGCAGGCGACCAAGGACUAG